AUGGUGUCAUAUGCAUUGCGGUUGGUGCAACUGUCUAGCAGAAAGAAGCCUACAAGACAUAAGUGGGUAUCCAAAUGUAAGGAAGGACCUUUAGCCCAAGAGGAGGCGGAUAUCUCAGAGGCCUCCAAAAGAGCUCCAAGGGUGAAGGGUUUAGCAUUAGCAACGGGAUUUGCACAAGACGCAAAGGGAGGCAACGUGACGGUCAUCAAAGAAUAUAUCCCAGUAUAUUAUGCCGAUGCCACGGAGCUUGGGUUCCAGAUGAGCGACGUAAACAUCUUCUUCCUGGAGAAGGACCUGCAUCCUGGAGCUAAGAUGAGUCCUGGCCUAAGCUUCAGCAGGACCCUCUCUGGCGCUGCGUUCAUUCCCCGCGCCCAAGCUGAUGCCAUACCCUUCGCCUCGGACAAGCUCCCCGAGAUCCUCCACCGCCUGAACGUUCUUCCCGACUCCGAAUUAGCCAAGGAAGUAAAGAAGACGCUCAGGGUCUACGAGCUGGCCGCCUUUAUGGGAGAGCACAAGUACUGCGCCACCUCGCUGGAGUCCAUGGUCGACUUCGUUAAAACCGAGCUUGAGACCGACGACGUCCGGGCCAUGGCGACCACGGUGCAUGGCAACAAGAAGCAGGCUGCACAAAAUGAAGAAUUCACAGUUGCGCCAUCGGGGGUGCGGAGAGCUCCGGGCACCAAGGUGGUGGCGUGCCACCUGCAGGCCUACCCGCACACCGUGUAUUACUGCCACUUGACUAUGGGCACCAAGGCGUUCCUCGUCACGCUGAUCGGGAGAGACGGGACCACGGUGGAGGCGGUGGCGGGGUGCCACUACGAUCCGUCCAGCUGGAAGCCGCUCUUCUUCAAGGCGGUCGGAGUGAAGCGUGGAACUCCCGUCUGCCACUUCCUUCCACAAGAUCACCUUAUCUGGACUCCAGCCCCUUAG